GCUGGCGAUGCGUGGCAGCGCACGCCGCUCAUGUGCAGCCUGACGAGCGAGCGACUCACCGACCCGGUGCGCCUCGCGGCGGCGAGCUCCUCGGCCGACGGCGCCGUCUUCGAGCGCAGCGCGGUACUCUCUCGCAUCAAGAUGGGCCUCGGCCGCUUCGCCGACGUGACGCCCGAGCAGCUCGUCACAUGCCGCCGCACGGCUGCGCUGCUGCUCAGCCACCCGCGCGGUUUGGCAGCGCUCACGUGGACCGACGGCGGCAAGCCGCGCCGCAACCCGUCGCUCUUUGAGUGGGACUGGGGGAGGCUCGCGUCGACGGCCGCCGACGCGAGCUUCCUCAACCUGUGCGGCGAGCGCCCCGGCAGCGUGCUCCGACUGGUGCCGACUCUCGAGCUGGCGCGCGCGAGCACGCCGUGCUUGACGCGGCAGGCGCAGGGCCUUGUCUCCGUGCUCGUCGGCCGCGGUAAGGACGUGGCGCGAUCGGCCCCAAGAGCUGCGCGCGGUCUGCGUGCGCGACGUCCGCCGCCUGACAGUGCUUGCGCGCUUGAGCGAGCUGUGGGAGCGAGCCAUGGUAUCACUCGUUGGGCCUGCGUAGCCACAAGUGAUGCGGUUGACCUGGUGAGGCACCCGGGUGCUCGACGAGCCGUGCAUCGCGAUCUCGUCGGAGCCGUCCAAGUUGGAUGUGGUCCCAUCUGCUGUAAAAAAGGGUUUAUAAGUCAGGAGAUGAUCCUAGCUAGUCGCUUCUUGCUCCCCUGAAUCUCCAAUGGUGCUUCUUCGGGCCCACAGUCAGCUGUGAACAGCGAACUUGUUCACAGGUGUUCUAAUUUUGGUUGAUUUUGAGCGU